AUGCCGGCGACACCGUCGUCGAUGAUACAUACAGCGCGCCAUGAAUCGCGGAUGCUCGAGCUUGCAGAUGCCAUUCCGGUGCAGCCCCAGCCGGUUCCGCCGCCUCCGCCAGAGGUGCAGGUCCAGCCAGCACCGAUAGUAGAGACAACUCAUUUCAAUCCCUCAUGGGGCUAUGAUCUGAAUCUUUUAUCCCACGCUGCCAGUCAUGUCGCUCUGGAAGGCCAGCAGGAGGCGUUGGAGUCCAUGCGAAAACCCUCGCAUACUGUGGGCCCUCCCCAGCCAAUCUCCCAUGUCACAGACCGACCCAUUACCGACAACUAUGGCAUGGAACCUUCAAUCCUCGACCUCACGGACUUGGGAGACCCGGUUCAAGAUUUCACUGUCUUCUUAGAAAGUGUCGGUCUCUCAUCCGACUGGGACUCGGGUGUAUUUUCCACCGUCGAAGACUCUAUCAUCCCCACCACCCUCUCGAUAGAUUCCAAACCGCCACCUCGUGAAUCAACGAGACUUGGAAAUGACUUGAUGAACGAUCAUCGUGCAGUUGAUGAGCCACCGUCAUUCUCCAAUUUUGGAUCUCGCUUACCCUCGCUGCAGCCGGAGCCCCACGAGGUGGAUGAUCGGCUCGGCUUCAGCGAUGAAGGUCCACGACCGGCAUGGGAUAUUUCAAAUGCAGAUCGUCAAAUAUUUGUUUCCAAGCUCGAAGAGUUUGCUUACGUGCUCCCAAAAGGCUUCAUCCCACCGUCGAGGCACGCAUUGUCUCGUUUCUUUGCUGGCUAUAUCAAUGGACUAAACGAACACCUUCCUUUCAUUCACGUCCCGACUCUUUCAGUGGGCAAAUGCUCUCCUGAGUUGACGCUUGCUCUAGCAGCAGCAGGUUCACAUUAUCGAUUCGAAAAUAGUCGCGGGAUUGACCUCUUCCAUGCAGCAAAAGCAAUUCUGCUGGAGCGCCUUCGGAGAAGGGACAGCAAGCAAGUACCAUAUCCGACCUGGAAUUUCUAUUCGCCCAAUUCAGGAUUCCACAAUUCUCGCGACUCAUCUAUCAUAUCGAAUCAUGCUAGUAGUCCGUUCCAGCAGCCUCAGCAUUCCAUGCCGCACCCUGUCGAUCCCUCGAUUUAUGUCUCCGAUGAUUCGGAUGCACAUAUGGAAGUCAUUAGGACUUUCCUUCUGCUCACGGUCUUUGCCUCAUGGGAAAGGCAUCCGGAGCUUCUCCGGGAGAUCCUUUCACUUCAAAGUACUCUAGCCCGGCUCGUUAGAGAACACGGGUUAUCUGAGCCAGCUACUGGCCUUGAUCCGAGCAACUGGGAGGAAUGGAUUCGAAGAGAGGGUAACAGGCGCACCAAGCUCAUCGUUUAUUGCUUCUUUAACUUACACUCCGUCAUGUACAACAUUCCCCCUUUGAUUCUCAACGCGGAGUUGAAGUUAAACAUGCCGUGCUCCCACGACGUCUGGAAAGCGAGCAAUGCAGCUCAGUGGAGGCGGCUAAAUCGCUCUCGACCUGGUUUGGACGUGCCCUUCCAAGAGGCGUUCGCGAAACUCUUCUUAAAACCAAGCAUCUCGAAUGCGUCUGCACCAAUCUCACCACUCGGAAACUAUAUCCUGAUACAUGCUCUCAUCCAACAGAUUUUUUUUGCUCGCCAACUUUGCCUAUCGGCGCCAAAUAUGCACGGAACCAGCCUUCGGCCGGAUGAUUUGACUGUUUUGGACAAUUCUCUCAGCGCUUGGAAGGCACUGUGGAAACGCACCCCCGAAUCCAGCAUUGAUCCUCAGAACCCAGCUGGUCCAAUCGCAUUCACAUCUACUGCCCUUCUGGGACUUGCUUACAUCAGAUUGCAUGUCGACCUGGGCCCGUGUCGUCGUCUGAUUACUCAGGACCCCAUACAAAUCGCCAGGGCUCUCAGUGAAUCCCCGCCUAUCGCGAGGAGCCCACGUCUCAUAAUGGCCCUGCUGCAUUCUGCCCACGCCCUCUCAAUUCCCGUCCGUCUUGGGAUCGACUUUGUUGCGAAAACACAUUCGUUCUUCUGGAGCAUUCAACAUUCCCUCUGUAGCUUGGAAUGCGCUUUCCUUUUGAGCCGAUGGCUCCUCUCAAUACCAGCAACACAUGCUGAGCAACGGCUCUCUGAUCAUGAACGAAAGUUACUCUUGUGGAUCAAGAGCAUGAUGGAUGAAACUGACAUGGCCGUUGGCCCACCCGGGGCGCCUGACAUGGACUUCAUGGCCAACCCUUAUAAAGCAAAACAACUCAGCGUGGCUAUUGUUCGCGUGUGGGCCAGAACCUUCAAAGGCAAUACGAGCUGGGCGAUAGUCGACCUAGUUGGGUCAAGCUUGGAUGCAUACGCAGAUCUUCUGGAGGCCCAGCUGUGA